ACUAUCUUCCUCUGCUCUCUCUCUCCCCCCCUACACGGCGUAUCACUUUCUCUUUCUAAAACCAAAAAUGGUUCUGACACAGGCGGUGGGCGGCGACCAGUCCUUGAGCUCCACCUUCGCAUCCCGCUACGUUCGCACCUCACUUCCCAGGUACGAGAUGCCGGAGAACUCGAUACCGAAGGAGGCGGCGUAUCAGAUAAUAAACGACGAGCUGAUGCUGGAUGGGAACCCGAGGCUGAAUCUGGCGUCGUUCGUGACGACGUGGAUGGAGCCGGAGUGCGAUAAGCUCAUUAUGGCCUCCAUUAACAAAAACUACGUCGACAUGGAUGAGUACCCUGUCACCACUGAGCUUCAGAACCGAUGUGUGAACAUGAUAGCGAGGUUGUUCAAUGCGCCGUUGGGAGAAUCGGAGACGGCGGUGGGAGUAGGGACGGUGGGAUCGUCGGAGGCAAUAAUGUUGGCCGGUUUGGCCUUCAAACGCAAGUGGCAGAACAGACGCAAAGCUGAGGGUAAACCCUUCGACAAGCCCAACAUCGUCACCGGUGCCAAUGUCCAAGUGUGCUGGGAAAAAUUCGCAAGGUACUUCGAAGUUGAGCUGAAAGAAGUGAAGCUGAGGGAAGGGUACUACGUGAUGGACCCUGAAAAAGCCGUCGAAAUGGUCGACGAGAACACUAUCUGCGUCGCCGCUAUCCUCGGCUCUACUCUCAACGGCGAGUUCGAGGACGUCAAGCGCUUGAACGAACUCUUGCUAGCCAAGAACGAGAGGACGGGAUGGAACACUCCGAUCCACGUCGAUGCGGCUAGCGGAGGGUUCAUAGCGCCGUUCUUGUAUCCCGAUCUCGAGUGGGACUUCAGGCUACCGUUGGUGAAGAGCAUAAACGUGAGCGGACACAAGUACGGUCUGGUCUAUGCAGGCAUUGGUUGGGUGAUUUGGAGAAGUCAGGAUGAUUUGCCUGAUGAGCUUAUCUUCCAUAUCAACUAUCUCGGCGCCGACCAGCCAACUUUUACUCUCAACUUCUCCAAAGGUUCGAGCCAAGUCAUUGCUCAGUACUAUCAGCUCAUUCGUCUUGGCCACGAGGGGUACAAGAACAUAAUGGAGAACUGCAGAGACAACAUGAUAGUCCUCAGACAAGGACUGGAGAAGACAGGCCGUUUCACCAUUGUCUCCAAAGACGAAGGGGUCCCCCUCGUGGCAUUCUCCCUCACAGACAACAGCCGACACAACGAGUUCGAGAUCUCCGAAAUGCUCCGUCGUUUUGGAUGGAUCGUGCCCGCCUACACAAUGCCAGCCGACGCUCAGCACAUUACCGUUCUUCGCGUUGUCGUGAGGGAAGAUUUCUCGAGAACGUUGGCCGAGAGGCUCGUCUCCGACAUCGAGAAGGUCCUUCACGAGCUCGACGCAUUGCCAGCUAGGAUUUCGGAGAAGAAGAAGAAGACGGACGAGGAGAGACAGAUGGAGGUUAUCAUCGGGUGGAGGAAGCUUGUGAAGGAGAGGAAGAAGAUGAACGGAGUGUGUUGAAAAAGAGGGUUUGUGGCUUUGUGGUUUGUCUGAAUGAAGAUAUGUCUCUGUGUGUGUGUGCUUGUUUAUGUUUGGUGUUUGGUGUUUAAGAGUGCAGAGAACUCACUUUGGCUAUUGUGUGUUUGUUUAAAACAGUUCGUUAUUAUUAUUAUUAUUUUGUUAACAUUAAAAAUCA